AGAGUUUAUAAUCUGUGAAACAUGAGAUGAUGUUUUGAAGAGGAAGGAGAUGUAUAAAUAUGAAGAUAUAUUUGAUAUGAUGUAUAUACUACAACUGACUGAUCGGACGACAACGAUGUUAUGUUGAGUGUAAUGGUAAGUUUAUAUUUAUGCCUAAUUCAUGUACCUGUAGCUACUGGGAUUUCGUUAAUAUUACGUGUGUUGUUGUUAAUCAGUGAUUUUGCAAUAUUGCUGUCACUACCUGGUUGAAUGGUAUAGGGUGCGAACAUAUGUUUACUGCUCACAGGACCCCUUGUUCUGGUGGUCGGGCAGGAAAUUUUGCCAGCACAUUGAAAGCCGCUAUUCGUUCUAUUGCUGCUUCGACAUUUAAUGAACUGGAGAGGGAGGAGAUGCAUUUCUACUGCAGUAUAGAAAUGCUAAACAUUCUGUCCUUUGCUCUUUUUAGUGUUUAUCAAUAAUAUUUGUGAAAGUUUUUGUGUCCGUAAGCCCCUUCUAUAUGCAGAUGAUCUUAAAGUAGUAUAUUCAUUUUCUCCACAUGACCUGAAAAAUAUGCAAAAUUGCAUCAGCAUGGAGCUUAACAAGGUGGCACAGUGGUGCUUAAAAUGGCAACUGGAGCUUAAUACGGCUAAAUGUGGAUGGAUAUGCUUCGGCAAUACAUCACUCAACCUAGACAUUAUCAUAAAUGGUGAAGUGUUAUCUAGGUUACAUACAGUAGUAGACCUAGGACUUAGAUAUUCCCAAGACUUGUCGUUUACAGAGCAUAUAUUAAAACAGACCUCUAAGACUCAACGUCUAAUAGGUUACAUAACUCGAAAUCUUUACAACAUUGAGUCACGUAUUCUAAUGUACAAAGUUUGUGCUCGACCUCUUCUAGAAUAUUGCACGUUUAUUCUUAGCAGUGCGUUCAUAAAGGAUAAAUUAAGGCUGGAAUCAGUACAGAGACGAUUUACACUUCGUAUUCUUGGAGCUGAUUGUACCUUAACUUAUAAUUCCAGAUGUAAUAAACUUGGGCUAGACCCUUUAUGGAGGAGGAGACUCAAACUAAGUCUUAUCUUUUUCUUCAAACUACUUCAUAAACUAUCGUCUACAUACGAUCACGCGAUUCAAUAUGCAGAAACCUCUCAUUAUUACAUCCGUAAUUCAUUGGCACUAGUGAAACAAACUCAUUGUAAAUCAUCUCUUUAUAUGAAUUACUUCACCUGUAAAUUUUCUAGACUCUGGAAUAACCUUCCACAAUCUAUCCGCACGAUAAAAUCACUCCCAUUAUUUGCUCGCUGCAUCGAUGCGUACUGUUCUUCUGAAAAUGCAUUGAAUGGUCUAGCGCCUUUAAGUGUAUCUCAUUCCACAAGUGAUAUUUUAGGAACCUUAAAUGUUUAGCCAUCUUUAUUAGUGAAUUCCCUUAGUAAAACCACCCACUUGCUGUCAAUAUGUCAACACCGCCCCUAGCAACUUUAACUAAUUUGAAUAACACAAACAGUAUAUCACUGUGUCACAUGGCACACGCAUUUAGGUAGACCUGAUUGAUAUAUUUUGCUCUGUUGUUCCGUGCUCUCUGUUUUCGUUUUAAUUUCUCUAGUUGUAGAUAAUUAUCAUUAUUUCGAUCUGGCACACGAAUUGACCUUAAUUACACCGUUCAUAAAUCAACAGGCUGUCCAUUUAAGAAAUAUUGAAAAUUCUAGGCUGAUGCAUUGGAUCGCUGUAAUACAUGUACUACCGAAACAAUUACUGAACCAGUAUACUUAAAACUAUCUUCUAUCACACGUUUGUUCUCUAAAUUUAAUGUUACUAUUUAUAUCAAAUUGAUCAUGCCUGUAAACUGGCGUGAAUUCUGUAAUUAUUAUUUUUCAGAAUAUAAAUUAUUAUAAAAGAGACUCCAUGAAAGCUAUUAAAAGGAAGAAUUCUUCGUUCGAAUAUGAGGCUUUUGGAGUCUGUGGAAGUUACAUAUUAUCGUGGAAAUGAUCUUCGAUCAACCACGGGGAUUGUGGUGAAGAAUGCCGAGAAAUCUAUGGCGCGAAUUCUAGAUAUCAAUGAGUUAAGUACACACAACCGACAUGUUGGUCAAAUACAAUUCGAGGAACCAAGUGAGUCUGUUCCAAUUUUGGUUGUUAGUUCUAAAACUAAUGAGCACAUUCUAGAUAAUACAGAGUCAUUAUCUAAUACACUGUCGGACAGACACAAGAUGAACUUAAGGAGGGGACGAACAAUCGAUCACAGACACUUAGACUACAAUUUAUGCUGUAACGGAUGUGGUAUUUGUAUGAAACUACGAUUGCUUUGUACUUGAUGACUGUUUGCUUUCGAAUUCCAAAUACAAUAUAAAGAAAACUGAUGCUCAGUCAGCUACUCCCAAGAGACCUAAGAAGCCAGAAGGUCUCCGCUUGAAGGAAAAGAUUAGACGACGGAAAUUGAUUACAGUGGCUCGCAAAAGGUGGUACGUCGACAAACUUUUAUGCGGUUAAAACGUCUCAUGAAGCAGCGGGCGGAGAAAUACAUGCAUGAGUACCGCAGAAUGGCAAAGCGGGAAAUCACGUUGCAGCGUAAUGCUAAAAAAACGGGGACUUUUAUGUCCCAGCUGAACCAAAACUCGCAUUUGUCGUGCGAAUCCGAGGUAUUAACGGUGUCCACCCACGCCCAAGAAAGACCAUGCAGCUGUUUCGCCUUCGGCAAAUCAACAACGGGAUGUUUGUGCGAUUAAAUAAGGUAGUUCCUGCUUUUCGCUACUUGUCAUUAGUCUGACGGUUGGCGCGUAUCAACCUUAAGGUACAAGUUUACGUUCAGAAGGCAGAAAAUACCUUCAACAUUUUAUUUACUUCGAAGAAGUGGCUUAUAUUAGGUCUCGAAACGUCAGAGAUACAAUUUUUCUACUUGGGAUAUAAAAAUAUAUUUAUUACUAUCCUUAGCAUUGUUACUCGGGUUGUCCAUAAUGAUUGGGUUUUCUUCCAUUGGGCCUAAUUUAAGCGUCAAAUGUGUCUCACUCAAGUUAUGUGGGAAUCGAAGGUACUCGGAUUUCUGUCGAGCUGUUCCUUGAAGUGUUCUGCCCAUCGCUCCAAACCCCUGUCAUCGUCUUUUUCCAAGUACUUGUUUCUCCGAAAAGUAUAAACAGAUAUGUCGAUUGUAGUCGCUAGUUUUUCUAUCUGCUUCAUUUCCAUUACUCCUUAAGGUGGCUCCACAUACUUUUUGUCAGUUUCUUGGUGACCUUUUCGUAUUCAAAGCUUCACAGGAUGAGUUUCUACCCAUCUACCGUUGCUGGUGACAUGUAUCGGUCUUUCUUGCCCUUCUGGGUCAAGUCACUGGUUGGUGUUAUGUCUCUCUUGAUAUCAUCCCAUGUUGUGUUGCUAUGACUUGUUUCAAUGGUCGACUAAAUGCUUGUUUCUGAAGUAUACUCUUGGAUUCUUCAUCGAGGAACCAUAAGGGGUCAUAAUGCUGUGGUUAUUUUAAUUACAAUAUAACAGGCAAACAUGUGUCUGUACUCAUGAAAAGAGACCAAACAUAUGUACCAGAAAAAACGACAACCUGUCCAAUCUCUUCAAUGGUGUUUAGUGGUGAUAUCGUCUAUUUGUGUCCAUCAUUGACUGAGCAGGUCGUGUCAGACGUUGCUUCGCCUUGUGCUUAUAAUUGAUACUUGCUGGAAAAGACGGUUGUCUAAUCAUGGCCGGAGCGGACAGUCGUCACAGAAUCAAUUAAGUGUCUCUCGUUUUGAUAUAACCUACCUACUCAGACAUUAACAUCACCUGCUACAAUCACUUUCCGACGGAGGUCAGAAACUUCCCCGUAAACUCAUCUUUCUGGAUAUGAAGGAUAAGUCUCACUGGUUCUCUAUAUUGACUAGAUGAGGUCGAAUGAAUGGCCCCACUUAAACCCCGUUUUGGAGAUGCAGCAUUUGUCAAUGGUACAAGGUUCACGAGUUCUAGUUAAUAAAGCCUGUUAUCCGAUUUCACAUAAGGUUAGGACGUUGGGGGAUUUGGUAUAUAGUUUGAAUUGCAGUCUUAGCGGAGCAAGAAUGAUAGUUCGUAAACCCAAAUGAAGCGUGAGAAAAAGUGUUUAGGAUCGGAGCCAGCAGUAAAAAUAAAACUUUAUUGGGGAGCGAAGGAAUUUAAUUAUGGAUAAGUUUAUAUGGGUCGUCAUUUAUCGAAUGUUGCUUAUCCUCUUGGCUUUUGUAUGUAUUUCAAACUUAAUUUUAAAUGGUUAGCAACUAUCCACCCUACAUUUUUAAGUUGGCUGAUAUAUUUGUUGAUGACCAGCGAAGAAUUUCUAGUUUCGCAUUUGUAAAGAAUGUCUACUUACAUUGUAGAAUCAAAGGUUUAUCAACUGUUUUAGCAAGCACUCGCAACUUGGAAGAUAAGGUAGUACAAAAAAUACUGAAGGGAAUUGAGUUCUCUGAAACACUGGAUCAAUGAGACUGAACGCGCAACCCUUACAAUGCGGAUUAACAGUAUGAACUUCUGACGAUGAUGGUGGGAAGAUGUCUUGGUAUCCAAUGGCAAUACGGUUUCAACUUCCUAGUAUGGUCCUAUACAUUAUCUAGUAACCGUUGACUGUGUAUAUGUAUACGCCUUGUUACCUAUUUUAGUUGAUAAAGUUUAUCUACUUACAAACUUAACCAGUCAGUCACCUAUUUUAGUUAGAAGCGUUAGUAGGUCACAAUUCUAUGAAGUUUAGGUAUUCUUCCAACGACCAGAUAAUAGUCUGCUAAAUAACUGUUAUAUCCGGUGAAGAUUAAAUAACAGGUAACUUCCGAGGACUAUUCAUGGACUAAUAUUCUAUAAACAUUCUUAUUGUAUAACUACUCAACAAUUACACUAUGUAUAUUUAUAUUCCUUUUAUGAUAAGCUUUAUUUUGACCUAUAAUUUAUUAUUGUACGAUUUACGGUUCUUAAGUUAUGUUCAGUUUAUUAACUACUGCCUCCCACAUUCACAGC